UUCUCUCUCGUCUCUCUCCUUGUUCCCCACAGGUCUCUGAUCCCCAGCAUUCGAGAGGUGACCAGGAUGCAGCUGUGCAAAGGCCGGAUGCUGGGCAUCUCAGUGGCCAUCGCCCAUGGGGUCUUCUCGGGCUCCCUCAACAUCCUGCUCAAGUUCCUGAUCAGCCGCUAUCAGUUCGCCUUCCUGACCCUGGUGCAGUGCCUGACCAGUUCCACCGCUGCCAUCAGCCUGGAGCUGCUGCGGCGCCUGGGACUCGUCUCGGUGCCCCCUUUCAGCCUCAGCCUGGCGCGCCCCUUCGCCGGGGUCACAGUGCUAUCCACGCUGCAGUCCAGCCUUACCCUCUGGUCUCUGCGGGGCCUCAGUCUCCCUAUGUAUGUGGUCUUCAAGCGUUGCCUGCCCCUGGUCACUAUGCUCAUCGGCGUCCUGGUGCUCAAGAACGGGGCGCCCUCCCCCGGGGUCCUAGUGGCCGUACUCAUCACCACCUGCGGGGCAGCCCUAGCAGGAGCUGGUGAUCUAACUGGGGACCCCAUUGGGUAUGUGACAGGUGUCCUGGCAGUCUUAGUUCAUGCUGCUUAUCUUGUGCUUAUUCAGAAGACUAGUGCAGACUCUGAGCAUGGAGCUCUCACAGCCCAGUAUGCCAUCGCCAUCUCUGCCACACCUCUACUCAUCAUUUGCUCCUUUGCCAGCAUGGAUUCUAUCAAUGCUUGGGCCUUCCCAGGAUGGAAAGAUCCAACCAUGGUCUGCAUCUUUGUUGCUUGCAUUUUGAUUGGCUGUGCCAUGAACUUUACCACACUCCACUGUACCUACAUUAACUCUGCUGUGACCACUAGUUUUGUUGGAGUGGUGAAAAGCAUAGCCACCAUCACAGUGGGUAUGGUGGCCUUCAAUGAUGUGGAGCCUACUUCUCUGUUCAUAGCAGGUGUGGUGGUGAACACCUUUGGCUCUCUAAUUUAUUGUGUGGCCAAAUUCAUUGAGACCAGAAAGCAAAGCAGUUAUGAGGAUCUGGAGAAACAUCAUCGGGAAGGUGUGCAGGAGACAAAUGGAGCUCAACCACCAUUUGCUCUGGAGGCCCUGCCCUUGGAGAAAGGAAAUGGUGAAGUGGAAGGAGAGGAAACAGCCUGUGGUAUCAGUCAGUCCUACACAGAAAAGCCUAAACGUGGUGCUGUGGAAACAGCCCUAGUCUCCAGAAGCAGCCAGGAGGCAGAAGGAGUUAAUAAGAACUCAUUAAAAGAUGCUUACCUUGGAGUGUGGAGAUUGGUUAGGGGGACUAAAUAUGUGAAGAAAGAUUAUUUGCUAGAAAAUGAGGAACUAUCCAGCCCCUGAAAAGGAAAUGUAUGUAUAUAAUAAUAAUUAUUAUUAUAUAUGUAUGCAAUGUACAUAUAUACAUACAUACAAACACUUUAUAUAUAUAUAUGUAUAUGUUUUAAUAAGGAAGAUCAUAUAUUUUAUUCCUAGCGGGAUAGGGAGCAUACAGAAGAGGUUAGAAGGAAUUGAUACAAUAAAAGAAAAGUAACUCCUAUAUAUAUUAUUUUCACUGAGAGUAAAGUGUAUGGAAACUGAUUAGCAAAAUAAGGCAGCUGCAUUGGUUUUAGGUUCUUGACCAUUAAUAUUUUUUAUGCUCUGAGCCCUCCUCCCCCAGGCAUCUAUGUUUUCUUCCACAUGGAGUGUGAAAACAAUGCACUUCCUAGGCCUUCAUAGGAGAGUCGGGGCUAACAAUUUUGUUAAAGUGGGAACUACAGUCUUGCUAACCUGUUAGAACUGGGGGGAAAUGGUAAAAAAUAAAAAUAAAAAUGGCACUUGCUCUCUGAAGGCAGUGAUUUGAUAGACUCUAUUUAUAGAUAUUUUUAGAUAUCUUAAAAUCUCAUGUUUACUUCUUUUGCCUAAUUGUUCUUCACUCCUUUUAAAAUCAAUGUUCAUAUUGGAUCUUUAUAAAGGAAAAGCUUUUUUGAAAAUACUUGUCCCAGACUUUUAAGUGUGGAAUUUAUAAUUCGUGGUUAGUAAAUGUAAGAGUAUUUUUAUUAACAGAAACCUAUUUAUGACCUUUGCCUUGUAAUGCUGAACCACUAAACACCAAAUCCAUUUUCUGUUGUUUUCGCUGUGUUUGAUAUUCUGCAGAGUGAACACACUGGCUGGACUACAAUUCAACAGUGGCUGAAUCUCAGCCAGGCAGAGUAAAAAGACAUCCUGGAAGAUAGUCUCUUUUACUCACUUAAAACCAAGCUCUGCAGCAUCUACAGCUGUGUUUAUAUAGUAGAAUGAUGUUUUUCUAAUAUCAAAUUUGAAAAAAAAUCUGAAAACAUAAGUACUGCUUUGUUGUUUUAACUGUUACAUUAUCAGAAACUCAAAUUUUCACAGUGUUUGCCGUUCAAUGCUGCUAUAAUUGUUUUGUAUUUUUUGCCUUUAAUAUGUGUGUAUGGGCUAUCUAAUAUGUAGGAGUCAUGUUUGAUAAUUCCCAAAAGGAAAAUGGGAAUUUGGUCAAAGCAACCAGAUUUUCCAGUGAAGGAGAAUGUUAUAAACUAAUAAAAAAAAAAAACCUGUGCCUCCUCUUGAGGCAUAUCAUACUGUUAAUAGAAUUCAAUGAACAUGGAAAUGGGAUAAUAAAGUAUUACACUUUGCAGAAAUCUGGGGUUUUGUCCAUUGUGUUGUCCAUCAUUUCAAUCAAUCAAAAAGCAUUUAUUAUGCUUUUGCUAGUUCAAUUCAAUUUAGUUCAACAAACAUUUAUUAAGUGCC